CUAAAGUGUGUGCUUCGUAGAGAAAGUGAGCUCCAGAGACAACUUUCUCUAUGGUGAUCUCUUGAUCACAUGAAUAACAAACAAUCACAAAGAGGAAUGUUUUGUUACUUUUGAGAUUAAAUUUUCAAAUUUUCGCCAUGACAGUUCAUAUACUUGGAGGAGGAAUAAGUGGAUUGUCCGCAGCAUUUUACCUGUGUAAAAAGAUUCCCCCUAAUACGAUUUCAAUAUGGGAAGCUAGUAAAAGAACAGGAGGCUGGAUUCAAACUCAUAAAACAGACACAGGCAUUUUAUUUGAACAAGCUGCUAGAACCCUACGACCUCGAUCAGAAACUGGAACGAAUACAUUAAAUCUUAUUGAAGAACUACAAUUGAUUGGUGAAAUAAGACCCAUAUAUUCAAGUAGCCCUGCAGCUAAAAAUCGCCUUAUAUAUGUAAAUGGAAAACUACAUACGUUACCUUCAUCACUGUUGGGUCUCUUUAGAACACAAUCACCAUUUUCUAAGCCUCUUAUUGUGAAUUUCAUCAACGAACAUAAACAGCCCAUAAAGAAAGUGGUAGACGAAUCUAUUUAUGAUUUUAUGAAUCGAAGAUUUGGUAGUGAAGUAGCCGAUUAUUUGAUGAGUCCAUUAAUAUGUGGUAUUUGUGCCGGCAACUCAAAGGAAAUUAGUGUUAAUUUCUUGGCAACACAAUUAUUUCAAUAUGAACAAAACUAUGGCAGUAUAACAAGGGGAUUAUUGCAUAACAUUUUUUCCUCAAAGAAAAAUGUCCAUAAAUCAGCAUUACUUGAUAGGGUUAAAAGUGAAAAAUGGAGUGUGUAUUCAUUUAAGAACGGACUAGAAACGUUACCAAGUACAUUGGAAAAUGUGAUAAGUUCUCAUGGAGUCGAAAUAAAUCUGAAUACAAAAUGUGAUAAGGUUGAAUUUUUCGGGAAAGAGGUUAUAAUCCACAAUCAACAUACUUCAGUCAAGUCUAAGCAUUUGUUCAGUACGUUAUUGUCAGAAAUAUUUGCUUUAUUGAUUUCAGAUCAGCAUCCAAAGUUAUCCGUUCUGUUAAAACAAAUUCAGAGUGUUGAUGUUGCAGUUGUUAACUUGCACUUCAAGGGUAAUCUCAUCAAGAACCCGGCAUUUGGCUUGUUGGUUCCUCCUCAAGAAAAUUUACCUAUAUUAGGAAUAAUUUUUGAUAGUUGUUGCUUUAGUCAGAAAAAUGAUACAGUUCUAACGGUAAUGAUGGGUGGAUACUGGUUUAAAAGAAACUUUGAAAAUUUCAAGACAGAUGAGGAAUUUUUUGAUGUUGCUUUGGCUCACGUCAAAAAGAUCUUAAAAAUUGAUGAAGAACCAUUAGAGUACAAAGUUAAUAUAUUAAAAAAUUGUAUUCCUCAAUAUACAGUAGGACAUAGAGAGACAGUCAAUAAAAUAAAAGAUUAUGUUGAAAGUUCUAAUCUGCCUUUAUCACUAUGUGGUAUGUCUUAUGAUGGGGUAGGAGUUAACGAUGUUAUUCUGUCAGCUAAGAAAUCUGUUGAAAGUUUUCUGCAAAAAAAUAGUUGAUUUAUAUCCAUAUUAUGAAUAAAGUUGGUGGGGAGUUUUUAAUAUUUGAUAUAUAUUUUUUUAAUACUCCUCCACUGAGACAAUAUGAAUUCUCAUGGCUGUAGCAUGAUGUAAGCAUUUUGCAAAUGUUUUUUAAGCAAUCGGUUAUUUUAUGGUGAAAAAAAUCUCAAGUUACUACUACAUAUUUCAUAGGUACUCUCUUUGGAGAUAAUCUGUCUGUUCCGAUAUUGCUGAACAGUACCAUCAGUAUUUGAGAGACAAUGCCUAUUGGUCCAGUCGUUCGAGUUCUAGUGUUAUUCGAUUGUGGGCCAGUAAAACCAGCAAUAUCGGAACAGGCCCAAUAUAUCUCAUGAUGAAAAGUCUCAAAAUAUGCAGAUUGUAGAGAUUAAAAAUCGAGAAUCAUUCGAAAUUGAUAGCAUGAUUUGGAAGUAGUUAUGGAAUGUGUUUUUUUUAUGAGGUCAUAUUCAAAAUGAUGUAGUAUUUUCCCGAUAUUCAAGAACUUUACAAAGGAAAUGUCAAUCUCACUUCAGGAACAAAGAAACAUAUUUAGCAAAGCUUUAUAUUCUUCUCUUCUAAAUAGAUCAUCUAAUGACGUACAUAAAAAAAAGAAAACCGAGAGUAUCAGUUUUCAAAUGUUUUUCAUAUAGAGUAAAAAAUUCAGAGCAACACGAAAUACUUGACACAGAAAAUUUUAAAACUGAUGUUUUCUGUGAAGCAUCAUAACUUUUGUUUUCAUAUUUGUACUUGUUAUUUUUGGCUUGGAUAAAAAUUUUUGAAUCCCUAAUUAUAAAAAUCAUAUUA